GACGGCCAGGAGCUCAUCUGUCUCCCGCAGGUGUUUGAUCUGUUCCUGAAGCACCUGGUGGGGGGUUUGCACACGGUGUACACCAAGCUGAAGAGACUGGACAUCGCACCGGUGGUUUGCACCGUGGAGCAGGUGCGUGUUCUGCGGGGACUCGGUGCCAUCCAGCCCGGCGUGAACCGAUGCAAGCUGAUCUCCAAGAAGGACUUCGAGAUCCUGUACCAGGACUGCACCAGCGCCAGCUCUCGUCCCGGCCGUCCUCCGAAGCGUUGUCCUGGGACGGGGAUCCAGGAAAACCCCCGGCUGCUGCACCCAGGCCUGCUGUCCCCCAACCUGCUCUCACACACCGGCCUCACAGCAGCAGCCAUGGCCGAGCUGCAGAAGUUCCAGAAGAUGAAGAUGAUGAUGAGUCUGCAGAACGGCAACGAGUCGGACAACGACGACUUACACUCCAACACAGGAGGAAGUGAGUGUUCCUGGGAUAAGGAGCGUCUGACCAGCCCCCCUGCUGGAGCUCAUGGAGGAGGAGGAGGAGGAGGAGGACCAAUGGGAGGAGGAGGGGGAGGAAGAGGAGGACCAAUGGGAGCUGUCAAUCAUCAACAACUGCAACAACAGCAACAACAGCUACUGGCAAACAGGUUGGACCUCCCCUUCAUGAUGAUGCCUCACCCGCUGCUUCCCAUGGGCCUGCCCCCUGCAUCUGUUGCCAUGGCGAUGUCCCAGAUGAACCACCUCAACACCAUCGCCAACAUGGCCGCCGCCGCGCAGCAGAUACACACUCACGUACACCGGGCGCCCGUCAUCAAGGAGAGAGUGUGUGACAGUCCCUCUCUCUCUCCGUCUGUCGAUGAGACGAACACUCCUCUGCAGUCGCAGCCCAGCAGCUCGGCCUCCAGCUCGCCCGAAAGACUGGGAUUGGUGUCAGCUGAUGCAGAUGUUGCGCUGACCAACCCUGCUGCACCCAUCAAGAAAAUAACAAAGGACAAAGAAGAGUCCUCUCUGGGGCCGGCGCUCCCCCCCGGGUUCCCCGCUCCCUUCCUGUUCGCUGACGGCCUCUCGUCAGUGGAGACCCUGCUCACCAACAUACAGGGUCUUCUGAAGGUGGCCGUGGAGAACGCCCGGGUUCAGGACAAACAGAUCCAGGCGGAGAAACGAGAGCUGAAGAUGGAGCUCUACAGAGAGAGAGAGAUGAGAGAGAGUCUGGAGAGACAGCUGACCUCCGAACUACAGAGCAGAGCCUCCAUCCAGAAGCGCCUGAAGAAGGAGAAGAAGGCCAAGAGGAAGCUGCAGGAGGCGCUGGAGUUCGAGUCCAAGAGGAGGGCGAGGGUGGAGGACGUCCUCAAACACUCGUCCUCCUCCUGCCCGUCCCCUGAGCCGCUGCACAACAACAACAACAAUAACAACAACAACAACAACGACGCUGCUGGAGCCGAGGAGAAAUCUGAACUUAAUGGAAACCAGCAAGACAACGGCGCUGUACAAGACUCCCGGUCCUUUCUGAAGACCCCCAUGAUGUUCUAGAAAGACACCUCCUCGUCCUGAAGCCACGCCUCCUCUCCCUGAAGCCACGCCUUCUCUCCUGAGGGCCCCGCCCCCUUUACCACUUUCCCCGCUCCUGCACAGAAAACUCCACCAGCCCGUUUCCACGAAAUCACGAACCACUUUCCCCGGCGGGAUUUAUUCCAUUUGCUAAAAAACUUUUGACGUUGCUACAAAACAAACUAUAGACUACUAGAAGACACAAACACUCCUGAUUUGGACUCGCUGGGGUCGUCUCUACUUCUUUAUCUUCUUCUUUUUUUAAGAUAAAAUCCACUCCAUUCAUUCCUCUUUUUCUCUACCUGCACUGGGACUUAUCUCACCUUGUUUGUUUUGGUAAGAAUAAAUAAAAAACAAGGCGAUGGAAGCAACGGAAAAGUACCGGAAUAACGUCAACAAGCUUUCACGAAUGAACUCGGUUCGGACAUCUUGUGGCAAAAAAAAAAAAAAAACACAUCGUCCACUGAUGCGAUGAAUCGGUUUUUGAAAUGACUUAAAAAAAACUUUGGUUGACCUCAUUGGCUGGUUGUCUACUCCCUUCUGAUUGGACGAUAAUCAGCCAAUAAGAGGAGCUCAGGAUUUGAGACGUGUAGAGUAAAAAAAAAAUAUCGGGAGGGGAUGUAAAAAAAAAAGUAAAACUCUGGAGGCUAUUUCUGUCUCUCAUGUUUCAUUCAUUUUUGUUUUCCGUACAGGGACUGAAAAGAAUGCAUGGGAAAACUUCUUAUGUGUCAUUUGGCUUAUUUUACCCUCCUUUACCUCCCCUCGUCCUCUUCUAUCUCUGCUUCUUCUACUUCUCUUUUUCCCUUUUUAAGGAGGCAUUACUCUGAAAAUGUUGGAUGCAGCUUUCAAUGUAUUUUCUAUCACCUCUAAUAAUAAUAAUAAUAAUAACCUGUUUCUCAAACCAUGCAAAACGUUAAAAAAACAAACCCUUUUUUUUAUGACAAUGGAGUGAUUUUUAGACACGAUAUUUUAUCCUUUAAAAAAAAAAAAAAAAGGUACGUUGGAUUCUCUUCCUUUUCACCGUUUGACCCCUUGUUUCCCGUGACCAAGAUGUUGAGUUUCUGUGUUUGUGAAAUGAUCAACGUGGAGAGUUUGAUUUGUUUAUUAAAAACUGCCCCGAUGCAAGAGUACUUCAGAUGUUGAAAUCAAGCGCUCCUCGAAACACAAGAAACGUUUUACUCCCUGAUUGUCUGACCUACUAAGAGUGCAGACUGUUGUGUUGCCAGUUUUUGUUUAUUCCACUGCGUGUUUAUUUGUUUGUUAUUUGUUGAUUACUAUUUGAAAUGUGUACG